CAUUGACAUUUGUUCGCGCCAAAACAUUAAUCAGAUGUUAUUGUUUUGAAUCGUGUUCAAACUGAACUUCCAAAUAUGUGUUUAAAAUAGCCCCUAAUUGCCAUAAAUUUAACGGUAAACCGCCUAGACUUCAUCAUGAUGAGAGUUACCAGAUCCUCGGCUAGAAAAAGUGUAGCCUCCCAAGAGAAAAAACCCGAAAAAGAGACACGGACGAGACGUGCCCCACGCAAAAUCGUUUCCAGUUCCGAAAGUGAGGAUGAAGAAGAGAACAUUUUGAUGAAACCAUGCAAAAACACCCCUACGAAACAGAAGUCGAGAUGUAGCGAGUCGGAUAUGGCCCUCUUAAGUCCGGUCACUCCUCCGAAACAGCCCAAAACUGACCGUAAGGAACUUACCAUGACGCCGAGCAGUAUGCUCAAGACACUCACCCUAAUUAGUCCUAAAAAGAGAGUUAAAGAAACGGUUUCGAAGAAAGCACUGUUCCACACUGAACCUGAAGAAAAUGAUAAAUGUGAAGAGAGAGUAAAAGUUGGAAAGUACCAGAAUGCCCGAAAAGCUUUACAUAGUAACUUCCCAACCGAUAUGCCUGGCAGGGAGAAAGAAAUUCAGGAAAUCAGUGAGUUUAUUAAGGGUCAUUUGGAGAAUGAGUCCUCGGGUUCUAUUUAUAUUAGUGGACCACCUGGCACAGGAAAAACUGCCUCUUUAAAUUUGAUUUUGGAACAAGAAGAUAUAAACACAAAAGUUCAACAAAUAUAUGUAAACUGCACAGCGAUCAAAUCAGCCACCUCAGUUUACUCCCGACUGAAUAAGGAGCUCAACCUUAAAGUGACUGGAAAAUCUGAAAAAGACAACUUGGCAGCCUUUGAAAAAUACUUGAAACAGAAGCAUAAAACCGUCCUAAUUGUCCUGGACGAAAUCGAUCAGCUAGAAACCAAAAACCACUCAAUUUUAUACACGAUCUUUGAAUUGCCUUCAAGAUUGAACUCGAAAAUAAUCUUAGUUGGUAUUGCUAACGCUCUGGACUUAACUGAUCGUAUGCUACCGCGUCUACAAGCCCGUUGCGAGCUGAAACCAAGACUACUGCACUUUGCUCCUUACACCAAAGAACAAAUCGUUCAUAUAUUCACUUCUAGACUUAAAGAAGCGGGAGUCCUAGAUGUGUUCUCUCCUGUAGCGUUGCAAAUGUUAGCAGGCAAAGUAGCAUCAAUAUCCGGUGACGUUAGACGUGCCUUAGAUAUCGGCCGAAGGGUCGUCGAGCUAAUAGAUGAAAAUAAAAAGUCCGAUAUAUUUAAAAGUGUCGAAAACUUUGUGGUCGAAGAAUCUAAGAAGGUGAACUAUCAGGAGGUCAUCUGUGUAUUGAAUAACGUCUAUGGAACGUCGCAAAAUUUAGCGGACGACUGUGAGGAGGCGUUUCCGUUACAGCAGAAAAUCGUCGUGUGUUCAUUGCUUUUGAUUAUGAAAAAAGCGAAAAAUAAGGAUGUGACCGUUGGGAAACUACACGAAAUUUAUUCGAGAGUUUGCCAGAAACGUAAUUUGACUUCGGUCGAUCAGGCCGAGUUCGUUGGACUGUGUCAGUUAAUAGAAACCAAAGGAAUCAUCAGAGUUUCCGGGAAAAAAGAGCCGAGAUUGCAUAAAAUCACUCUGGAAUGGAACGAGAACGAGGUCUCUGAAGCUUUGAAGGAUAAGCAACUGAUCUCGACCAUAUUACAAGACGAGAACUGUUUAGGGAAGUUGUAAUUAGGAUUUUAUAUGUGUUAGAGACUAAUUUUUAACGGAAAUAUACUUUUAAUUGUC